AAAAUAAUAUUUGAUCCAUAUCUGUGAAUCACAUGUUCAGUAUUCAAUUGUUCCCUCUUUCUUGUCCUUUUCCUCCCUGGCCACUUCACUGUAUAGUCUCCAUAAUUCAGUGACACCCAUUUCAAUUAUAUAUAUGUAGAGCCUUCUCUUCUCUGUUUGCUCUGUGUAUGAUUCUAUCUGCUUGUAAUUGAAAUUUUGAAAUUGUUACAACUGGUUUCUUCCAAGAGAGCAAGAUGAUUCGAAGAAGUGCCCAUCUUCGCAGUUUGAUUCGAUAUUUUGAUGUGGGUUCUUCUGUAUCAAAGCUUGGAGCUUACAAAUUUUCGUCUCGGGCUGCAUCUUCUUUGCUGCAAGCCAUUGAACCAUCCACUGACAGUAGUGCCAAUGAUGACGAGAAAACUGCUAUUGAUUGGAAUAAUCUUGGAUUUGGCCUUAUGCCAACUGAUUACAUGUACACGAUGAAAUGCUUUAAAGAUGAGAAUUUCACACAAGGCCAACUUAGCCGAUAUGGGAACAUUGAGUUGAGCCCUUCUGCGGGAGUCUUAAACUAUGGACAGGGCCUAUUUGAAGGUACAAAAGCUUACAGAAGAGGAAAUGGGCAUCUCUUCCUAUUCCGUCCAGAUCAGAAUGCAAUUCGCAUGCAGAAUGGUGCCGAAAGAAUGUGCAUGCCCUCCCCCUCCAUUGAGCAAUUUGUUGAUGCUGUAAAGCAGACCGCUCUAGCUAACAGACGCUGGAUUCCGCCUCCAGGGAAAGGGUCUCUUUAUAUUAGGCCUCUGCUAAUGGGAAGUGGGCCUAUACUUGGUUUGGCUCCAGCAUCUGAGUACACAUUCCUCAUAUAUGCUUCCCCUGUUGGCAUCUAUUUCAAAGAAGGUUUGGCACCCUUGAACUUAUACAUCGAGGAUGAAUUUCAUCGCGCUUCUUGUGGUGGAGCUGGAGGCAUCAAAAGCAUAACCAAUUAUGCCCCGGUCUUGAAAGCUUUAAGAAGAGCAAAAGAAAGAGGAUUUUCUGAUGUUCUAUACCUUGAUUCCGUGAAUAAGACAAAUAUCGAGGAGGUCUCUUCUUGCAACAUUUUUCUUGUGAAGGACAAUGUUCUUUCAACUCCAGCAACCAAUGGAACCAUUCUCAAAGGAGUCACACGAAUAAGCAUCAUUGACAUUGCGCGUGACCUUGGAUACCAGGUUGAGGAACGUUCUAUUCCAGUGGAGGAAUUGCUUAGUGCUGAUGAAGUUUUCUGCACAGGAACUGCUGUUGGUGUUGUGCCUGUAGGGAGAAUAACUUAUGAGGGUAGAAGGGUUGAAUACAGAACAGGUUCUCGGCUUGUGUCUCAGGAGCUGUACUCAACACUGGUAGGGAUUCAAACAGGUCUUAUUGAGGACAAGAGGGGCUGGGUUGUGGAGAUUGACUGAGCUCUCUAUCCACAUCUAUACAAUGUACAGUUCAGCUGUUGUACUUGUUUCUUGAAAUGUAAAUGGUGAUGUUUGUCAAUUGAUGCCUAAUAGGUAAAAUAGCCUAAUCAUCUUUAUCAUCACUUAUCAUACUCUGAUACUACAGACUCCAGACUCCCUGUAAAUCUCCAUCUGGUCCUUUCAUGAACUUAAAAGGCUUGAUCUGAAAGUUGUAAAGUAUGGUG